CAUCGAUUCUUUUGAGGACCACCGUGACAACACAUUUUAAAACCUCAUUCGGUCAACUAUUCUUUUAUCCCCUCACUUCAGGUAUCAACUGUAAAUAAAAAAUUACGUAUAUAAAAUUCCCUAGAAAUUAAUUAGCAGUAUGGAAUAAAAUAGGAAAAAAAGUAGUACUAAUAAACCCCGGAAAAACCCCUAGCAUUCUAUCUCAGUUGUUUUGCUGACAGUAAAGUGGAUAACGUUUUCAAGAACCCAAAUUUCCAUAUAAAACAAUAGUUUCUAUACUCAAAUUCCACUAAAUUUUUAGGAAUGGUUUCUUCCACCAUUCUAAUUCAGCAACCAACCAACUUCUUCCACCACCCAGAGUUGCACAAUCAGUUAUGGAGAGGAGGUGUGCAGCAUGGAUUGCAGAAGCACCCCAUUUUAGUAUGUAAUAGUAACAAGAGAAGCAGACAUUUGAGAGUUUGUGCAAGUGCUAAUGGUGCUGCUACUUCUUCCACUUUGGAGGCCUAUGAUUCUUCUCCCUCUCCUUCUUCAUUUCCUCUUUUUACACCUCCUUCUCAACCCCAAGAUACUCCUGCUUCCCAGUUGGAACUGGCAGAUCCUGAUUUCUACAAAAUAGGAUAUGUUAGAAGUUUUCGAGCCUACGGAAUUGAAUUCAGGGAGGGGCCAGAUGGGUAUGGAGUGUUUGCUUCCAAAGACGUGGAGCCUCUUCGUCGAGCUAGGGUAAUAAUGGAAAUUCCUCUAGAACUGAUGUUAACAAUAAGCAAAAAGCUUCCUUGGAUGUUUUUUCCAGAUAUCAUACCUUUAGGACAUCCAAUAUUCGACAUUAUCAAUUCAACCAAUCCUGAGACAGAUUCGGACUUGAGGUUGGCAUGUCUUCUUUUAUAUGCUUUUGAUUGCAAGGACAACUUUUGGCAGCUUUAUGGAGACUUCUUGCCUAGUGCUGAUGAAUGUACUAGCUUUCUUCUAGCUACUGAGGAGGAUCUUUUGGAGUUGCAAGAUGAGAAGCUUGCUUCAACCCUGAGAGAACAGCAACAUCGGGCACUUGAGUUUUGGGAGAAAAACUGGCAUUCUGCAGUACCUCUCAAGAUUAAGCGUCUUGCUCGGGAUCCUGAGAGAUUUAUUUGGGCAAUGAGUAUAGCACAAUCUCGAUGCAUCAACUUGCAGACUAGAAUUGGUGCACUGGUUCAAGAUGCAAAUAUGUUGGUACCUUAUGCUGACAUGAUGAAUCAUUCUUUUCAGCCAAAUUGCUUUUUCCAUUGGCGCUUCAAGGACCGCAUGCUGGAGGUGAUGAUAAAUGCAGGACAAAGAAUUAAAAAAGGCGAUGAGAUGACUGUUGAUUACAUGGCUGGACAGAAGAAUGACUUUUUUAUGCAGAGAUAUGGUUUCUCAUCACCUGUGAAUCCUUGGGAUGUUAUUAAUUUCACCGGCGAUGCCAAAAUUCAUCUAGACACCUUCUUAUCAGUCUUUAACAUAUCUGGCCUCCCUGGAGAAUACUACCACAACACAGGUAGGCUAUCAAAUGAUGGAGAUGGGUUCGUCGAUGGAGCAAUCAUAGCAGCAGCAAGAACGUUGCCUACUUGGUCAGAUGGAGAUCUCCCUCCAAUUCCAAGUUUAGAGAGGAAAGCAGUGAAGGAACUGCAAGAAGAAUGCCACCAGAUGCUUGCAGAGUUCCCCACAACUUCUGAUGAAGACCAGAAAAUCCUAGAUUCGAUGCCCGAAUGCAGGAGAACAUUUGAAGCAGCAAUAAAGUAUAGAUUACACCGGAAAUUACUGAUAGAAAAGGUUAUACAGGCAUUGGACAUUUACCAAGACAGGAUUCUGUUCUAGAACAUGAAUAACAACAGGAUAUGAAGUAAUCAUUGCCAGAAAUCAUGUAGCCGUAGCAGACGGCGCCAAGAAUAUGGUUCCAUUGCAGCUAUCCAGAAAGCUUUAUCAAUCACAAAUGCUUUUGCAGCUCAUUGUUAAGAACAUUUGAGGGCUUUGGUUGGUUUGGGGAGGGGCUAGGAAGUAGUUAGUAAUGGUGUACAGGUGGAAAAUGCCUUGUACAUUAGUUUUGGAAAGAUAGGAAGUGAAGAAAAAUGGAAGUUUCUCUGUAGAAAUCAUUGAUGAAAAUGAAUGAUAGUUUUGCACUUUUAUUUACUGAGGAAUAAAGAACUAUGAGUUAUUAUGACAAAAAUGGAAACAAAGCAGGCCAAAAGACGAUCAAUAAUAACUAUGCUUCAAGCUUUUAUAAA